AGGGAGCAGAUAGGUGCGCUGCCCCCGCGACCGCAUGAUGCCACUACGUGUCGUUCUUCCACGACGAUCCCCUCCUCCCAAGUGCCUCGAGCCUCGACGCUGGCGGUCGGCGCGUCGUGUCCUAACCGCGACUACCUCGACCGCGGCUACGUAGACAGCGCCGCGGCCCGGCAUGUAGGCCUCAAGACGCAGCGGAUAUUUCGACGCCUCAUGUGCGCCGUGGCGCGGGCCAAGUACCGCGGGAUGUUCGUGCUCAACUUUGUCUGGAAAGCCCGUCGAAAAGACAAGGAUGCAUCUUCUAGUGGCGGUGGCGGCCAGGAGGAGCCCAAGAUGUACCUGGAGUCGACGGUGCUCGAGUGCACCAUCCCCGAGUCCCGGCUACGAGACCUGGUCGACCUGCCCGAGGGGCUCGACUACAACGAGUGGCUCGCAUCGCACACACUGGCGUUCUUUGACCACAUCAACCUCCUCUAUGGGACGGUGUCUGAGUUUUGCACCAUGUCUGGCUGUCCCGACAUGACCGGCCCAGGGAAUAGGCAGUACCUGUGGUUUGAUGAGAAAGGGAAGAAGUGCAAGGUGGCAGCCCCCCAGUACAUAGACUAUGUAAUGACCUUCACCCAAAAGACCGUCAACGACGAGUCUCUCUUCCCAACAAAGUUUGAGCGCGAGUUUCCCAGUUCUUUCGAGUCCCUGGUGAAGAAGAUUCAUGGACUUCUUCUGCAUGUCCUGGCGCACCUGUAUCACGCCCACUUCCGAGAGAUGGUCUUGCUGCAGCUGCAUGGACACCUGCAUUCGAUAUUCGCCCACUUCACCCUCUUCAACACUCGCUUCAACUUGGUGGAUCCCAAAGAUGCUGCUGUGCUACAGGACUUAGCCGUUGCACUUGGACUCUGUCCGCCCGCCGAAAGCGCUAAUGGAAGUCCUGCUGCCUCUUCCUCUACGCCCACCUCUUCAGCCGUUGCAGCAGGCGGCAGCACGGAUGAGGAUUCCGCAGCCGUGGACGCCCCAGCUUGCACAGCUGCGCCAAUGGAUGUGUCCCUGUCGCCUUCAGUGAUGCAGCGGUCCGUGGUAACCACUGGCAUUGCGACAACUCCACUGUCGAUGACUACCACGCCGGCCGGGAGUGUGGUGCCUGCGCAGUAGGCAAUUGUGGUUGCUGUUUUGUUGACAUUUAGCUGAGUGCCUGUGGUGAUAGCAGUGGCUAGCACAGCUGCGGUGUAAAGUGCCGGCUUCUCCGAGAGGCAUCGGAGAGGCACAUUCGUCGCACGUCCACAACUGAUGUAGCACUGCGCUUGUUGGCACCAUGGUGCAGGGCUACUGGUGGUGGUGCCAUGAAGGUGAUGAUGUCACUUUGGGGUGACUUGACAACUCUUCUGGCAGCAGCAGUAGCAUUAAGCAAAUUGUUUGUUGUUUUCACUGUGACGCUGGGCCUAAAUGUGGCUUUGCUGCUAUGCCCCCCUUUUGCUUGGUACUAAAAUAAUGGUGGCUACAGUGGUGGCAGUGUAGGCCUUCCCCUUCCCUCCCUUUUCCUGCAACAAGCUGCAACAGAGCUGUGUGUUGUGAGAAGCAAGGCCUCUGUGGAAAAGCCAGUGUUGAAGCCUGAGUGAGUCGGGCAACCUUCACAACUGGCUGAAUGUCUCUGUGCUGACAAAGCAGUGAUUUGCUGGAGUCUUUGAUCAAGAAAAAGUUAUGUCCAUCAUGCUGUGAUUAUACGAGUGGCCGCAUAUGAAAUUGCAUACGAUAUUCAAUUUGCAGGAGCUUGUGGGUACGUACCAUGCACUAGGCUAGCGUGCUAGUUGGCAUCAGGCCAUGGUGGGACGUUGUUUUGAUUGUUGCUGAAGAGUCAUAGAAAUUUCAUGGUAUGGCAUGGAUAUUUCAUUAAUGAGGGAAAUGAUAUUCUUUGUUGUAAAUUAUAAAGCAGAAAGGAGAAGAUCAUUUUCACAGAUUGUGGCUAAGUAUGUUGUGUCACCCUGUCAGCAUUUCCUUGUUGCUGCAACUGUGUGUAUUCUACCAGUGCAGAGCAACAUAGGGAAGGAAGAAACACCCAAGUUUGCCAGAAGAAGGAACAUAGUGCUGUGUUUCUCAAUUUUAAAAGGUUUGGUUGUUUCUUUGUGUCCCUUGUUAUGCUGCGUCAUUUUAAGAAUGACUAACCAACUUGCCCAAUCGUCAACACUUGCUUGUACGGAGUUCACUGCUCAGGUCCCCGAAAAAAGGUAGAAGAUUCUGAAGCAGACCUUCAAGGUAAAUGCAAGGGGUGAUCUACCACUUUUGAUGUAGCAGCAGUAACCACCAUCUUUUGAUGCCAAAUUCCAUGCGUGUAAUGUGCGAUUUCCUAAUGUGCCAUUAGGAAAGGACUGUAGCUACAAGCUCUGCAAUACUGCAUUUUUGUGAAGCGCGAACUUGACAUGUUCAGUUGUGCGAUUAUACUGGAGAUUUCUUUUACCGACUGUAUUACGUAACACAGGUACAGCAUCCCUGAGUUGUGCAUGCGGUUUUUGGCACUGUUAGGAACGACUGUCGUAUAUUUUUAACAGAAGUCUCGUCACUGUUUACGUCAGCUUGCAGGUAGGAGGCUGGCGGCGAGAGCAGGUUCUUGCCGGUGACAAAAAUAUUGGUGCCAGCCAGGUUUCUGGAUGCCAAGCAGGAGACAUGUGACGCUCCUGAAAUUCGCUUAGUUGAAAGGAGGGGAGGCGGGAGGGGUUGGUCACGUGUGUUGUGUGGUGUGGCGACAAUGUGCGUCAUUCUUCAGAAGAGGGGAAAGAAAGUGGGAAGAGAGUUUGAGGGGGGCCUAUUUAUUUUCUGUCAUUGCCUCGGCCCACGCUCACGCACGCACACACACAGCCACUAGGUGUCAUACAACUAAACUUGCCUGUGUGCGAGGUGACACACACACACAAUAUGUAAAUAGGAUAAUGUUAUAUUUUUAAGAGGCAUACGAGGUCGCUGAUUUAGGCAAGUCUUUCUUCCCUCUCCAUCCUCCAUGUAACCCUCCCCCAUUUUCCUCACUCCCCACCGAGCAUUCGAUGAUACAUGUGCAAUGGAGCGUUGGUCAUCGCUGACAUGGAGGGUCAAACGGAUCAGUGAUUACAUAGUAGUGGUGGGUGCCUUGCAGCUUGUAAAGACAGCUUUCUUGCCUUUGCCCCAGCUGUUUUGCCGCCUGCUUUCGUGCGUGUGUUGAGGUGGUAAUUGUCGAGGAUGUGCCUGCUUUUGUCACUUGUCAAGCUGCAAAAAACAAACGCUGUUUGGUUAUUCUGCUUCCUCCACAUGUGGUUCUUGAUUGGUUCUUGGUUGGUGAUAGCUUCCAAUUUACAGACUUCUAAAGGUCCUUCUAGGCAAUGCAGCGCACAUGCAUUGUCUAUAGUAUGAAGUCCUGCUUUUGCUGUGGAUGUGUUGUGCAGGUAGUGUUGGUCACUUAAAGCUGCUAUUGUUGCAUUCUCUGAGUAUGAAUCAAUGGCCCUAGUAAAUGGGCACUUCAUCAGUGGGGCUCACAUUAAGCCUGAUGAUGCACGCAGGAAAUUCCGCUUAAUUUUUGCAUUUUAAAAGUUAUUGUCGGUGCUAAAGAUGUCCACAACUCGCAACACUACUCAGCCUUUGUUUCUGGCUAUGUUGCAGCUGUCAUCGGUUGAUGUGUCGGCGUUGUAAAUUAUGCAACUUGUCAAUUUUGCAAAUCUUUAAUCAUGACAUUUAAGGAACUGUUAAGUUUAGAUAAUCAGCUACUGACAGUUUGUAGCUUAGCAGGGGUAGUGGUUAGCAAAUUCUGAUAGAAUCAAACUACUUGAUGAAAACAUUUAGGAACUCUCUAUAUCACUAUAGUUCAUGAACGUUGUGAUUGUCACAAAACAGGCUGUCUAUUAUCAAAUGCACAAAUUAUUGGCACAUUAGACGUCAGAAAUAGCAUUAGCUGAAUUCAUUCCAGAAUUUGGGUGGCUUUUUAAAUGGCCCUUUCAGAUAGAACACUACAGUAUAACAGGCUUAGUACUAAUCUUUCAAGCAUUGUGUAAUGGGCUGUGAACUGUGUACCCUAAUUUAGACUGCUAGUAUCGGAGAGAUUUUCUGAGAGAUAGCCCUCAUGCCAACCCUGGCACUUUAUUAUGCUUCCGCUAUUCACUAUAGGUUCAGGAACGAAUGAUAAGGUAGCGUCAUCAGGGAUUUUCAAAAAACACCAUGAUGAUGUGCAAUGAUAUGGCUCUACUGGACUCGUGGCUUAUAAAGCACGAAGGCUCAAGAAAUUUUCUGCUUGUAUCUUAACCCUGCAGUCUCAUAUGAACUCGCUUUUAUGAAAGACGGUAUUGGUGACGCUUUCAGAAAGGAAAUAAGAGUUUCCCACGCCAUUGUGACACAAGCAUUGAACUUGAAAUUAGUGUGGCUGGCACAUAAAAUCCAUUCGAGGGGGUGCAUUUCGAGGGCCUUUGUUGAGAUUGCAGUGUUCCCAGGGAGAUGCUGCACCCAAAAGGAUAGAGGGGCGUGGCGGUUUAGUACUUUAGGGUGAACCACACAUACUUCUUCGGGCAACACCUGGAGAGACAGUUUGUUCAUGCCAUUAUUCUUGCUUUAAAGAUCUCCAUUCUUCUGUAGAGCAUGCAAAUUUGAUGCUUUCCAACCAGUUUUCGCUGUGCUAGGUCAUAGCAUUUUUCAUUAACACCUUGCAGCCUGCGCCGCUGCUUCCUCUCAGCUUGGCAUAUGUACUCAUAUUUGAUGGUGUAACCCCAGGUUUAAUGUUUGUUUCAUCUGCAUAUGAGUAAAGUCCUUUGAAGUAAUUUGAUAUGUUAAAGUAAAGCCAGGUAUAUCUAAAAGCAGCACAAAAUCAUUCAGUGAGACUGGCAGUUUUUGCUUUUUAAUUUGACAAAGAUAGUAAUUGUCUUUAUGAUGAAAGGAGCUACUUAUUUCCUUCACUGUUGUUAUUAUGUUUUUUUUUUUUGCCACAUUCAUAUUGUA